AUGUUACUGGCACCUCUGGGAGCGCUUGCAAUUCCCGAACCACAAGGGAGGAAAAGACCACCGCCGGGCAAGAGCACAACGCCAGACCGGGCCACAGUCGUCAAACCUCCCCCGUGUCGGGCACUGGUUCCGGCGCCCAGAUCGCAGCUGACGGAGAGGCGGUUCGACGACUUCGCCAGGGAUUUGCUUGUUAGGAAAUCACUUACGGAUGCUUUUCGAUAUGUGUCUGCCUCGUAUAAGAACAACAAUCCGUCAGUUGGUGAUGGCCCCGGCGCUGCCAUAGAUGCUCUUGCUCCCGCCUGGCCCAACAUUCAAUUUUCGAAUAUACAUACGGCGUUUCGAGGUAACACAGGCUGGCUGAGCUACACAGCGAGCGGCCAGGGUCAGAUCGUGGAUCGAUUCAAGUGGAAGUCUGGCUGCAUUGUCGAACACUGGGAUCAAGGGGAGAGCUUCCCGAACUGCAACAGCGCUACUUGUAAGGAGCUUUAAGUCUGCAGAGGAAGAGGUUGGAGAAACCAUGGGUGUAGACUUGGCAAUUUAUGCCAACUACAGUGGGUUGUGCAGAGUAGAAGAUAUCCCUAGUGUAACACAAAACUGUAAUUUAAGACGAUUUAUAUGUAUAAAUGAUCUUAACCUGUGAAAUA